AUGGCAAUAGAGGAUCGAUGUUUCUACACAGGCAAGACGAGCGAGGACGAACGAGGGAAAAGCGUGAUGGGUGUUACGUUUCCAUUUUCAAGAGAGGGAUAUGUGAUUGCUGUGUUGUAUGGAUGUAGAUGGCCUGUUUUGUUGAGAAAGAGAGGACUUGAGGAGCGGGAUGGGUUUACGGUUUUGGGAGAAGUGUAUGUAAAUGGGUUUAUCAAUGGAGAAGGGCUGAGAUUGGGAAUUCGCGAGAAAAUGUUUGAGAUAUAUUGA